CAUUCGGAAAGUAUUCAGACCCCUUGACUUUUUUCACAUUUUGUUACUCUACAGCCUUAUUCUAAAAUUUAUGAAAAAUUAUUUCAUCAAUCUACACACAAUACCCCAUAAUGACAAAGCAAAAAAACUGAUAUCAAAUUUGCAUAAGUAUUCAGACCCUUUACUUUGUAUUUUAUUGAAGCACCUUUGGAAGUGAUUACAGCCUUGAGUCUACUUGGGUAAGAUGCUACAAGCUUGACACACCUGAAUUUGGGGAGUUUCUCCUGGCUCUGGCUGGGUCACUCAAGGACAUUCAGAGACUUGACCCGAAGCCACUUGUUUGUUGUCUUGGCUGUGUGCUUAGGGUCGUUGUCCUGUUGGAAGGUGAACCUUCGCCCCAGUCUGAGAUCCUGAGCGUUCUGGAGCAAGUUUUCAUCAAGGAUCUCUCUCUGUACUUUGCAGUCCCUGCCGCUGAAAAACAUCCCCACAGCAGGAUGCUGCCACCACCAUGCUUCACCGUAGGAAUGAUGGAGGCCACUGUCUUUUGGGGACCUUCAAUGCUGGAGAAAAAUGUUGGUAGCCUUCCCCAGAUCUGUGCCUCGACACAAUCCUGUCUCGGAGCUCUACGGACAAUUCCUUCGACCUCAUGGCUUGGUUUUUACUCUGACAUGCACUGAAAACUGUGAAGCUUUAUAUAGACAGGUGUGUGCCUUUCUAAGUCAUGUCCAAUCAAUUGGAUUUACCACAGGACUCCCAAGUUGUAGAAACAUUUUAAGGAUGAUCAAUCGAAACAGGAUGCACCUGAGCUCAAUUUGUAGAUGAUAGUGGCGCUGGAGGGGAUGGCUGAUGUUUUACAGGCUCCUAACAAACUGCUAUUUUGUUUGUUUUUCCAGUUUUUUGUAACUUAUUUUGUACAUUAUGUUGCUGCUACCGUCUCUUGUGACCGAAAAGAGCUUCUGGACUUCAGAACAGCGAUUACUCACCUCACACUGGACAAAGAUUUUUUCUUUAAUGAGUCUGACUCGAAGGAUAUACUGCUUUGUCAAGACAAGGCCCAAAUCCCCAUCAUUCGUGUUAAGAAAAUAUGGAAAUACAGGGUGCGGAGGUCUGGGUGCCUUGUGAGAAUUAAUUUGCGAAUGAGUAAACCACCACUACCCUCUGUAUUAUUGGCCAACGUGCAAUCAUUGGAAAACAAACUGGACGCUCUACGAUUAAAACUAUCCUACCAACGGGACAUUAUAAACUGUAUCUUGUGUUUCACCGAGACUUGGCUGAAUGAUAACAUGGACAUUACAGAGCUGGCUGGCUUCUCCUUUUCUCGGCAGGACAGAGCAGCUAUGUCUGGUCCUGCUCAAUUACCUGCCUUUGGACCAGAUGAUAUGGGAGUCCUUCCUCAAAAAGCAGAGGGAGGUGUACUCCCAGUUCCUAAAGGAGAUGAUCAUCCAACCAGGCAUCGCUAAGGCCAACCUGGGCCUCUCCAGAGAGGACGUGACUAUGGAGGACCACCCUCUCAACCCCAACCCAGACAGCAAGUGGAACAACUACUUCAGAGACAACGAGGUGCUGCUACAGAUUGAUAAAGAUGUUCGGCGCUUGUACCCCGACAUGGCGUUCUUCCAGCGACCAACAGACUACCCCUGCCAGCUGAUCCUGGAUCCGCAGAACGACUACGAGACACUCAGGCGCCGUGUGGAACAGACUACCCUCAAGGCCCAAACUGUGGACCGCAACCGCAGCGGGGUCACCAAUGUGAGCUCCCCGGGCAAGGCCCUUAACCUGUACCCGUCCAACGAGUACGAGGUGCUGCCCAGCGGCUGCGAGGCCCACUGGGAGGUGGUGGAGCGAAUCCUGUUCAUCUAUGCCAAGCUCAACCCAGGCAUCGCCUACGUGCAGGGCAUGAACGAGGUGGUGGGCCCUAUCUACUACACCUUUGCCACCGACCCCAACAACGAGUGGAAAGAGCACGCCGAGGCAGACACCUUCUUUUGUUUCACCAACCUGAUGUCAGAGAACCGGGACAUGUUCAUCAAGAGCCUGGACGACUCGCAGUGCGGCAUCACCUACAAGAUGGAGAGCGUCUACUCCAUGCUCAAAGAGAAGGACAUGGACCUCUAUAUGAAACUGCAGGAGCAGAACAUCAAGCCGCAGUACUUCACCUUCCGCUGGUUGACCCUGCUGCUGUCCCAGGAGUUCCUGCUGCCCGACGUCAUCCGCAUCUGGGACACGCUCUUCUCCGACCAGGACCGCUUCGACUUCCUCAUCCUGGUCUGCUGCGCCAUGCUCGUACUGAUUCGAGAUCAGUUGCUGGCAGGAGAUUUCACGGUCAACAUGAGAAUGUUGCAGGACUACCCCAUCUCAGAUGUCCACACCAUCCUGGCCAAGGCCAAGGAGCUUCAGGGUGGCUCAUAGCCACCCCUCCCCCUAUCUCCCUCUCCUGUAUUUGGGGGAUGCACCAUUGAAACUGGUAACCCUAGGUGACAACAAGGCCCCGUUGCACCCUGGGAGGGAGAGGAAGCCACCUGGUGCCGGGGUGGUGCACGGUUUCCUCAAAGCAACCAAACUCAAUACUUAGUCGUCUUGUCUCACUCUCACGGCCCGACAGUAUUUCCACUCUCUCAGAUAGGGUGUGUGGGCUCAAGCUAUUUAUUUUUGCACUGAACACUUGAAAAAAUGACAAUCUACAUAUAUGAAGCAGAGAAACCAGUUACCCAUACAACAGCGUCAUUAUAACGUUUGUCAGUGCUAUUAUAACACUCCUAGGUUAUUUUAAUAGUAUGUUUUUUUUCUUUCAGUUUGUUUAUUUUUUUACAUGUGAACAUGGUUAUUUUUAUUGUGGAGCUCGUACAAAAGACGAAAUGUAAUACUACCGUGUAAAGUCUAACCACAACAAGAAAUGAGUAUAGAUUGUAACUAGGAUCAUAUGCCUUUGGUAAUGGGCAAUUGAAAUGUGAAGGUCCUCUGUUUGUUUUUGGUUAAACUCAGUCUGGCCAGUUUAAAGCCAGCUACUUGAAUCUCCAAUAUUAAUGUAUGUUUGCAAAAUGUUGGUAUCAAAUGAAUGGGGUGUGAAACUCGUACCUUACUCACUAACCCAAAGUGCAUGCUUAUACGUUAGCCCAAAAGCUAAUGAAAAAAACAAAUUAACCCUUGAUUGUCUUAAAUCUAGUCUUUGGGGGGGAAAUUGAUACAGUGAUGAUGAUGAUGAUGAUGAUGGUCUAUUUUAUUGUAAGGGCAUUACUUUGCAAACAAAACAGUCAGAUUAAAUUGGGUAUUCAAGUUUUUAAUAUAUUUUGAGUCAUUUCUCAAUAUAUUUUGAGUAAUUUCUGGUCGCAUUAAAAAAGUGGUUCACAUGUAAAGCAUAAUAAAUUGAACAUUAAUGAGAUGUUAAGUGAAGAAUAACACAUUUUGCUCUGCAUACUGUUGGAUAAUUAGAGAGAACAAAUUAUUGAUGAUAAUAUCUAAAUAUGUAUAAUUAAUAACAUUAAAAUGCUAUGGUAACAUUUCUGUACUCAGAUAAUGGAAUUGACAGAUAACAGAGCUGACAACUGAAAAUCACUAACAUUUAAUGUGUUAUUGGUCUCAAAACGCUAACAGUUACCACAAAGUUAAUACACCAUUGAAAUGUACCUUUUCAAACUGUAGGACCUACAUAAUAAUGUAAUACUUCGUUAAGUACACAGAGAAUGUCUUCUUUGUAAUGAUAAUUUCAGAGUGAUUCUCGAGUAUUGAUUGGCUAGUGAUUCCCGAGUAUUGAUUGGCUAGUGAUUCCCGAGUAUUGAUUGGCUAGUGAUUCCCGAGUAUUGAUUGGCUAGUGAUUCCCGAGUAUCGCCAUCCAUUUCGGUCUACAUUUGGAAAGUAUUCAGACCCCUUAACCUUUUCCACAUUUUGUUACGUUCCAGCCUUAUUCUAAAAUUGAUUAAAUGUUUUUUUUCCUCUCAAUCUACACACAAUACCCCAUAAUGACAAAGCAAAAACAGCUUUUUAAAAAUGUUUGCAAAUACAUUUGUUUAAUCACAUUUACAUUACUAUUCAGACCCUUUUCUCAGUACUUUAUUGAAGCACCUUUGGCAGCGAUUACAGCCUUGUCUUCUUGGGUAUGACGCUACAAGAUGGCACACUUGUAUUUGGUGAGUUUCUCCCAGUCUUCUCUGCAGAUCCUCUCAAGCUCUGUCAGGUUGGAUGGGGAGCGACACUGCACAGCUAUUUUCAGGUCUCUCCAGAGAUGUUUGACCGGGGUCAAGUCUGGCCUCUGGCUGGGCCACUCAAGGACAUUCAGACACUUGUCCCGAAGCAACUUCUGCGUUGUCUUGGCUAUGUGUUUAGGGUCGUUGUCCUGUUGGAAGGUGAACGUUCGGCCAAGUCUGAGGUCCUGAGCGCUCUGGAGCACAUUUUCAUCAAGGAUCUCUCUGUACUUAGCUCCGUUCAUCUUUGCCUCGAUCCUGACUAGUCAGUCCCUGCUGCUGAAAAACAUCCCCACAGCAUGAUGCUGCCUCCACCAUGCUUCACCGUAGGGAUGGUACCAGAUUUCCUCCAGACGUGACGCUUGGCAUUUAGGCCAAAGAGUUCAAUCUUGGUUUCAUCAGACCAAAGAGUCUUGUUUCUCUACUAUAAAGGCCUGAUUGGUGGAGCGCUGCAGAGAUGGUUGUCCUUUUGGAAGGUUAUCCCAUCUCCAGAGAGGAACUCUAGAGCUCUGUCAGAGUGACCAUCGGGUUCUUUGUUAUCUCCCUGUCCAAGUCCCUUCUCCCCCGAUUGCUCAGUUUGGCUGGGCGGACGGCUCUAAGAAGAGUCUUUGUGGUCAAAUUUCUUCCGUUUUAAGAAUGAUGGAGGCCACUGUGUUCUUGGGGACCUUCAAUGCUGCAUACAUUUUUUUGGGUACCCUUCCCUAGAUCUGUGCCUUAACACAAUCCUGUCUCAGUGCUCUGUGGAAAAUUCCUUCGACCUCAUGGUUUGGUCUUUGCUCUGACGUGCAUUGUCAACAGUGAGACCUUAUAUAUAGUGUGUGUCUUUUCAAAUCAUAUCCAAUCAAUUGAAUUUCCAACAGGUAGACUCCAAUCAAAUUGUAGAAACAUCUCAAGGAUGAUCAAUAGAAACAGGAUUUCAAGUCUCAUAGCAAAAUGGUUGAACACUUAAGUAAAUAAUGUAUUUGUUUUUUUAUUUGUAAUACAUUUGCAAAAAAUUCAAAAAAACUGUUUUCGACUGUCAUUAUGGGGUAUUGUGUGUAGAUUGCUGAGGAUUUCUUUUUAUGUAAUCCAAUUUUAGAAUAAGGCUGUAACGUAACAAGAUGUGUAAAAAGUCAAGGGAUCUGAAUACUGUCCGAUGGCACUAUACAUUCUAACACUAUUUCAUUGGCAAGAUGGUAUCCUCCAACUGACAAAUCCCCUAGGCACGAAUUGGUGCAAAUUAACAGUCUGUGACUAACUAUAAUUCAAUGUAGCAUUAUUGUACUAAAGUGAGUUAUUAAGGGAUACUACACUACAUGACCAAAAGUAUGUGGACACCUGGUCGUGGAACAUCUCAUUCCAAAAUCAUGGGUAUUAAUAUGGAGUUGGCUUCCCCUUUGCUGAGAGUGGCUUUCAAUGUUGUGUUGGAUUUUCCCCAAACAUUACUCUUUGUAUUCAGAACAAAAAUUACAUUUCUUUACCAUUUUAUUGCCGCAUUACUUAAGUGCCUUGUUGCAAACAAGAUGCAUGUUUUGGGAUAUUUUUAUUCUGUACAGGCUUCCUUCUUUUCACUCUGUCAUUUUGGUUAGUAUUGUGGAGUAACUACAAUGUUGUUGAUCCAUCCUCCGUUUACUCCUAUCACUGCUAUUACAUUCUGUAACUGUUUUAAAAUCCCCAUUGGCCUCAUGGUGAAAUCCCUGAGCCGUUUCCUUCCUCUCCGGCAACUGAGCUAGGACGGACGCCUGUAUCUUUGUAUUGACUGGGUGUAUUGAUACACCAUCCAAAGCUUAAUAACUUCACCAUGCUUAAAGGGAAAUUCAGCAUCUGGUUAUUUAUUUAGAUUUUUUUUAUAUCAGUUGGAGACCAUUUUUGCGAGGCAUUGAAAAACCUCCCCGGUCUUUGUGGAUGAGUGUGUGCUUGAAAUUAACUACUCGAUUUGAGGGGCCUUACAAUUAAUUGUAUGUGUGGGGUACAGAAAUUAGGUAGUCACUCAAACAUGAUGUUAACCACUUAUUGCACACAGUGAGUCCAUGCCACUUAUUAUGUGAUUUGUUAAGCACACAUUUACUCCUGAUUUAUUUAGGUUUGCUGUAACAAAGGGGUUGAAUACUUAUUGACUCAAGACAUUUCGGCUUUUCAUUGAGUGUUCCAUUAACACAAAUCCACUUGGCAGUGAUGGGGUGUAGAUCAGUGACACAAAAUCUGCAUCGAAUCUGUUUUAAAAUCAGGCUGUCAAAGUAAAGGGCUGUGCACACUUUCUGAAGGCGUUGUGUAUAUAAACAGUGACACAUUCCCCCUUGGAGAUUCACGAAUGACAAAGAAGGAUAGUCUCAUCUUCCAGUAAUUCACAAACAUCUGUUGUCAACGAUUUAAUGAUUUAUUGUUCUCCAUCUUUUUCUCAUUCUUAUCUUGCUCCAUUGUGAUUGUUUUUUCUUCUGUUCCCCCCCCCCCUUCUUUCAUCAUUCCCAUGAGUCUCGCCUUUCUGGACAAAAUCUGUUUCACAGCAAUAUGGAGACUGUUUCAGAAGGCAGCUCGCGGCCUCUGGUCUCUCAUCUCUGCCAACCAUUUGAUGCGAGCCAGUAUAGCCUAUAUGUGGCAAAAAGCUUGUAUAAUUGUGGAAUAACAGGGCUAGAGAGGGAGAGUAUGCAUAGUCGAUACAAAGUAUAAGAAUAGCAGACAAGUGGGUUAGGAAAAGCAGAACACUAGUAGUUCAACCAUUUUCAAAGUUGGUUUUGAUUUUUGGGAGUAAUUUGCUUUCACAAUAAAAAUGAUUUUAAAAAAGCCA